AUGGCCACUCGUCUUGAUUAUCUUGAAAAUUGGAAUUAUAGUCCUUGCCUCCGUUUUUGGAGUUUUCACCUAUUUGUGAUCUUCUUAGACGGAUAUGAAGUAAAAUCCGCGAUCGAAGACGCGAUCCAAGCUUACGCCCCUGUUAAUGAUGGUGACGAUCCCUUUGAACUACCUUCUUUCACUAGUCAAAAAUUCUGGCAUCGAAUGGUAAAUCCAAGAUUUAUUCCCGGAAACGUAUUUCACUACGAGAAUAUAAACUAUGCAACUACUCAAGAAGCAGCUGAGGUACGAAAACACGAUUUUGAGCAAGUAAAUUACAUGGCAUUAGAUGUGUAUGCGCGUAAAGAUUUGAGUUCUGAGUCGCCAAAACCUGUACUGUUAUUUGUGCAUGGCGGUGGUUGGAUAGGCGGUGACAAAAGUCUACCAUACCCUAUAAUUCGUCAUUUAGCCGAAGUUGGUUGGGUCGUAGUAUCAAUUAACUAUCGACUCGCUCCUUCAUCAACUUACCCAAACCCAUUAAUUCGUAUGAAUGUG